AUGACAACGCACGACGCCUCGGAUUAUGGCGGACCGUACACAACCAGUAGUACAGAUCACUACCAAUCCCUGUAUCGGCUCGGGUUACCAGCGAGUCCCAGUGCAUGUGCAAGAUGGUCGACAAAUUCAGCGUCUGAAGAGAGCGUUUAUUUCACCUUGGAAUCCUUCACGACAACCAUUCCAAAUGACUUUCCGGACCACCAGGCCAUCGCGCAGGUCUACACCCGGUCGACACCGCCCAACGCGAGCGUGUCAUACGCGCUGGAAGUGACCCAGAGUUUUGGGAGCGAUGGGCUAACUAGUGAGGGGCAGGGGGGCACCAGCAGGGGCGGGGCCGAGGAGGAAGUGGGGGCACGCAACCUUUUUGCAGUUGAACAGCAAACAGGGAGGAUUUUUCUACAACAGCCAGUCGACGCGAGGGGAAACUUAACAGGUUGGAACUUCACGUUACACAUUUCUGCCUGGACCAGGCGGGAAAACACCGGAGUUUCUGACCUGGACCCUGGACUGCAAGCCCUUGCUGUGGUGACGGUGAACAUCGCCCCGUCGCCCCCUCUAUGUUCCUGCUUCGGGGAGGCCAGCUACGUAUUCCGGCUCCGGUCCGACGCUGAUAGCGGUCCCUUUGGAGCUCUGUGGUUCGACCCUCAAUGCUUAUCUGCCAAUGGUGCCUCUUUGAAAUACUCCUUUUUACCCGAACAAAUCUCUAAAGGUCUCUACAUUGAUAACCAGACAUCGGAAUUAGUUUUGAUACGCCACUCCGAUACACCACUGCAGUCUAGAAAUUUAACAGUGAAAUGCACAGCUGAACAUUCUGCGAGAGGAGUUGACCAGACUCGAACGGAAUCCAGAGUGAUUGCCAUCCAGGUUGAACAAGUGCCAGACUGGUACGUCAUCAGCGUCAGACAAAACAGGUCAAAGGGGGAUCACCUUGUGUGGAUUCAGACGAACGACCCAAGAGUCCAGAACUGGCAGACGAUUGGCGUUUCGUUGGCGGGAAAACACCAAGAUGCCUACGCUUUCAUCCCAACAACGAGCACGCCACCAACGGCAGCCCUGGAGCAGUCCAGCGGGAAAAUCAUUGGUGAGCUCACGCUCAAUCGAACCUUCCCAUGGUGCUGUGCGGCCCGUCACUCCCUCACCGUGUAUCUGCGGGACGGAAGCCAACACGGCCCGGCCAACACCAGCCAAUCAGCGCACGCCCAGGACGUCGCUGUAGCUGUGCAGAUUGACAUUCAGCUGCUGAAACAUGUCCUGAACCUUACCUUACACCGGAACGCCUCCCUGUACACACGGGUCGUGGAUCUGGAAUUCCCAUCGUGCGAACCCGCAAACGCCCUCCAGCGACAGCCUCCCACCAGCCUCAUCCAAGAUGGCGGCCUCCUUCGCCUUGAACACUCCUCAUUGCUUGUCUACGUGGUCGAUACCUCGCCCCUUACAAACCGCAGCCUGACAGGGUACACGGCUGUUGUGCAAAGGCAGGUCGGUUGGCGUGGCGAAAGCCUCCAAGCCGAGCUGGUAUUGCAGAUAGAGAUCAUAGGAGAGCGUAACGCCAAACAAAGGCCAAACUGCGAUCUAGAAGCCUCUUCAGCUACUUGCUCCAGGCACAAUGCCAGGGAAGACUGCGUCAGCGCCUGCGGCAUCGGUGCACCGGACGGCCGCUGCAGGUGGCGCGAGCAGCAAAACACAAAGGCCUGCUCCGAGGAUUUCUCGACGUGUUCGCCGGACUUCAGGACCUGCCCCGAUGGCGUCUGCGACAAUCUGGAAAGGCUUCAUCCGCGGCUGUGCCCGCAGGAUUGCAUAGAGACAAUGGGUGCCAAUUCAAUGUUCUCUAUGACGCUAAAUGGCAACAACGUGGGCAUCAAGAGCGCCAUAGGCCCAUGCUCCUGUGACUUCGAUGGACUGGGGUGCAUGUGUAUGCACAGACGGCUACCCGUCAAUUUGCAACGACACACCACCAUGCUGCAGCAACGUGUUGAUCCAACCACAAUAGGUCUGGUUCCCUAUUCACUUCUGACAACAGUGAGCCCAAGCCUCUUAGUCUCCCAGCCCGACGGAUCGGGCACCGAUGAGUGUACCUACUGCAACAGCCUGAUCGCGGUAGUGAUGGCUUUUUUGGUGUUGUGCGCCUUUGCUGUCCUCGUCUACACACGGGCCAGUCGCGGUUCCCCACUCCGACGGCUCUUCUCCAGUCGGGACUACAAACCGCCCGUGGUCAUCGGGGGGUCGGACUCGCGUCUCAACUCGGUGCUGUCUGAGUGUUCGGACGAUGGGCUGCACCUCAGCAAGGGUUCCGUCACACGGUUAAAAACUGAGUUCGACCCAAAGUGGGAGUUUCCUCGCCGGAAUCUUGUGCUGGACAAGGUCCUUGGGGAGGGGGAGUUUGGCUGCGUGGUGCGGGCGCAGGCACUCAGCCUACGGGGCCACACUGGGUACACCACGGUAGCUGUGAAAAUGCUCAAAGGUUCAUACUCCGCGGAUGACUUGCAAGAUCUUAUUACCGAGAUGAACCUCCUCAAGGAUCUGAGCCAUCCAAACGUUGUCAAGCUUUUGGGUGCGUCAACGCAAAAAGGUCCACUCUAUGUCAUCGUUGAAUACUGCCGCCACGGCUGCCUUCGCGACUUCCUGCGGCGGAACCGCUCGACAGCUGUUUAUCAGGACGACGACGCUUCGCUGCACGACUACGACAAAAUUCACGACGAAGCCGCCAGGGCCCAGAUCGUCUGGAACAAUCGGGAUCUGCUGUCCUUCGCCUGGCAGAUAUGCAAAGGGAUGCAAUAUUUGGCAAUGCUGAAGCUUGUCCACCGAGAUUUGGCGGCCAGGAAUAUCCUGGUGGCCGAGGGUAUGGUGAUCAAGGUGUCGGACUUUGGACUGGCCAGAGAUCUUUACGAGAGUGGCACCUAUGUCAAGACAAGCAAGAGUCGAAUUCCAAUGAAAUGGAUGGCGCCUGAGUCACUGUUCGACAAUAUUUACACAACAAAAACGGACAUCUGGUCGUUUGGUGUUCUGUUCUGGGAGAUUCUGACCAUGGGUGCCAUGCCAUAUCCCGGUAUCAUGUCUCACAAACUGUGCCAGCUGAUACGACAAGGCUACAGGCUGGAACGACCGGACGGCUGCGCGGAAGAACUGUAUAAUAUAAUGCAGAAGUGCUGGCUGAGCGAUCCCGACGACCGGCCGGAUUUCGAAGUGGUCGGCACCAUGUUGGAACGGAUCAUGGAAAAAGAUGCUGACUAUCUGGACCUGUCCUGUUUACCUUACGGAGAGUGUUCCGACGCGGAGGGCUCGAACAGCGCCGCCGAAGACUCCGCUCCGAUCAGCAGCGCCGUGCCCCUGCUGCAGCUCCCCGCCUCGGACUCGACGGAGAUUAUGCCCAUGUCCGUGUCCCUCAGGAAAGACCGCCAUUUGACGGAUGAUGUUCACCUCAAAGAAAUAAUUGUGGAAGAAGAGACCAACGUGGACUCGGGUCCCCUGUACGGUGACAUGGAUACCUGUCGUCUCUAUAGCAACAUCAACAACAACUUCAUCACGGACCACCUGUGCAAGACGGCCAGCGAGCCCAACCUGAGCUCCACCAGCGUGUUUCUGGAGUGACAGUGUUGAGUGGCGCCCUCUGCUGUUGAACUAAGCACUGGUGGGACGGUAGAGGGCUCCACUGAAAACAGAGGGCGCCCUUUAGGUAUUCCAAAAGUUCAUUUCACAUGUAUAUGCCUUUCACACGAAAUGCAAACUGCAUUUCGUCAUCUAAGCCCUUCAGUCUUUGGCUUAACAAACCCAUAUUAUUUAUAAUAAUGAAUAAUAUUUGUAAUAAUAAAUAAUAAUAACUAACAUUUACAUAGCGCCCGAAAAUCCAUGAUAUGCUCUUAGGUGCUGUACACAUUAAAAAGAUAAAGUGAUUACAAUUAAAUAUAAAAGUAAAGGUGUAGAUACACAAAAAGUACUCUAUAAGUCCAGUGAGGAAACAUUAGCCAUUACAAACCAUUACCCAGAAAUUAAACAAACACCUGCUUAAAAAGGUAUAGAUCAAUACAUUAAAAAAUACAUUAUAAACCCAGCCAUUGAAAACCCAUAACCUAUGAAUUAAAAAAGCCUGCUUAAAAAGGUAUAGAUCAAUACAUUAAAAAAAUACGUUAUAUACCCAGUCAUUAAAUCAAUUAUUCUAUGAAUUAAGAAAGGCCUGCUUAAAAAGAUGAGUUUUCAAACCCGACUUGAUACUCUGUACACUGGAAGACUCCUAAGGUUAAUUUCAAGCUGGUUUCAUAGGCGGGGACCAGCCACAGAAACCAUUCUCUCACCUGCGGAAACCAGCCUGGCAUUAGUGCAAUAUAAUUGAGGCGUGUCUAGCGCAGAAUGAGUAAAUAUAGUUUGAACUCUAGUACUUAGCAGAUCACACAAAUAAUUAGGAGCACAACCAUGGAGACACUUGAAUACCAAGAUACAAACUUGAAAGAUCACCUUAUACUUGACUGGCAACCAGUGAAAUUACAUGAGAGCUUAGUCCGAGUAAACUAGGACUCUACGAAUCACUUUUUUUAACAUUUGGACACGGACAUCCUUGUCAUAAACACCUUGUUUGAGGCUGCCAUUUUGAAUUCAGGAAAAGUAGACUUGUGCAGGGCUCUGGCUGUAGAGACUAUUUCCUGGCAAGCAUCAGAUAGACCAAUCACAGGGCACUUUGAUUCCAAAGAUGCAG